AUGCCUGCACCAGUAUUUCAAUACAUGUUCCUCCCAGAACUCCGCUACUGUCCCUGUCCCCCGAGAAAGUCGUUUUCUCCCCGCUUUGAUGUGCGCGAGACCACAAAUGCAUACAUCGUUGAAGGCGAACUGCCUGGCGUCACCGAUAAAUCGAAUAUCUCCCUCGAGUUUACGGAUAAGGGCGACUUGAUUGUCAGGGGACGAGUCGAUCGGUCGAGGACUACGGUUGUGCCUCGGGCACAGUCACAAACACCAUCAUCACCGUGGCAGGAUACGAGCGAGAAGGGAAAGGAGAAGGAGGAAAAAGAUGAAGAUAUGGUCUCAACACCUACUUCUUCUACGCCACCGUCUCCACAAUCACUGAAGCCGACGGUCGAAGACGUCCCGGAUGAAGACGAUUGGAUGGGGAUUGUGGAGUCAUCAACUGAGAAGACAAGAGCUGAGGGGGAAGCUGCCGGGGCUGAGAGGAAGGAACAGCCAAGGGCGAAGGUGGCGAAGAAGGGGGAAUGGCCGAAGAGGUUGUUGUCCGAGAGGUCGGUGGGGGGGUUCGCCAGAAGCUUUAGCUUCCCGACGGUUAUUGAUCACGAUGCCGUGACCGCUUCUCUACAACACGGAAUCCUGAGAAUUGUCGUGCCGAAGAAGGUGUUUAGUGCUGGAAAGAGGAUUGAGAUCCAG